UGAUAAAAAAAGAGCAAAGCAGCUAUACAGCGACCACGAUGACGAUCUUCGAGCAUUGUUUGGGGAUUUAGACCGGUUGGUUUCACUUAGGAUUGGAUUGUUCGGUUCGGGGUGCACCCGGAACGAGAGAGAUGAAAUGAGUGAAGAGGUUGGGGUCGGUUUUCGCCGCGACCACGAGGUGUCGCCAUCGCGCACUGCUCGCUGGCGGCCACCAUUGUUAAAUCCUGCUUUGGUUGAUGUCUCGACGAUUUUUUGGCCAAAAAUCGUAAAUUUGCAUGCCUCGCACGGGCCGCGUAAGCUAGGUAGGUAAUCGGCAAUAUCACCAACGAUACGUGAAUUCUUCAACAAUAUUACGGUGAUAGUGAUGUGCAUUAAUUUACAACGGUUCAACUGUAAAUCUUGUGAAAUAAAAUGUGGCAUCGAUUUACGCAAAGAAAGGAACCAUGUCGGGGUGUUGGUGUUGCCAGUGAUGCAUGCGUGCCGGCAGCAGCGUUGCUUUAUCACCCUCUUAGGAUGAUUUGAAUAACCGAUCCUCGAUACCGAAUCACAACUUUAAUUAUUAAUCGACAAAACUGCCAGUCCUACCGCUUUGUUUCGCGUUUCAGUAUCAACGUCAGAUUAAUUAUUUCGUCGUACCUAGCUGGACCUCGAAUCAAAUCACGGUACACCUUGUACACAUCACCUUAUAAUUUAUUCGUUCAAAAUUUCUGGUUAUAAGUUUUGAGAAGCCAUCUGCGCUAAAUUGCUGCGUGAUUUUUUCGGUUGUGUAUGAAUGCUAUGCUCAUCAGUCUUCACAUUCCACCCUCGUACUCUGCACUAGGUUAUCCGAAUCUUUUGAGAUACUGUUUGGCACUCUUUUGCACCAACCUGCAGCUUGCUAAUAGUUGUUUGCGAAUUGUGUAUAUUAUUAUGCAAAUGUUUCAAUCAUUUCUAUCUUUCAUUCCUCGCGCGAUUUUUGCUCUAUUCCUCCAUAUUUUUAUCUGUGGUUCCCUGUUUCGGUAGCUUUGAUACACUGUGCUCAAAUUUGAUUUUUAUGCCGUUUUUCGCUCGCGCCAAAAUUAUGUAAAAUAUUCAAUUGGGACAUUGAACGUCUAACAUUUACGGUGCACAGUGUAUUAAUCUUCAUGUGAAUUCAACUACUGUCAUUUGUGUAUGCUCACCAAUGACUUGAAACACUAGAGUUUACAUUGCAUGAAUGAGCAAUGAAAAUACUUGAUUUUACUGCCGAAAAUAUGUUGGAUGUUAGUGUGAAAUAGAGUGAGAAUCUAUCGAAUUAAUCUUGACAAAUUCACAGUUGUGGACAACUAACAGUUUCUCAUGUUCUGUAAUGCGUUGAAAAUAUCGUUUCAUUUAUUCUCUGAUCUUGUGUUUAGCAGUUGGAAAAAUUUUUAUUAGUUUGUUGGUCACAUCAUGAAUGAUAUUAUUUCAUUGUGUCAUCAAAUACUGCCUUAUUUUUAAAGUGGAAAUGACAACCUAAAAUCGGAAUUUAGCAGAUGAGUUUGCCGGUUUCCUGCUACCAUCUCUUCAUGUUGAGCCAAUUGAGUAUUGUUCUGUAAUUAUGCAAGAUAUAUUUUUGCAAGUGAUAUGCUUGCGUAAUUAAUGAAGACGAAAUUGUUAUUCAAGAACCUGAGGCAACUACAAAGAUACCAGAGUGGACAAAUGUGCAUAUAAGAACUGAGAAUCCUCGUUAAACCUUCUAAAAAAAAAAAAAACAAUUCUGCUACCAGCUGAUGGAAAAUUGGACAUCAAAAGUAGGAUUGCACAUGGCCUCACAGCCCUGAAGCUCAGCAUGAUCUAAUCAUCAGAGAUAAUUAUGUUACUUCCAAUAAUGGGCUCCCAAGUUUGGAAACUGCAUCACAAUGGGGUACUUCGACCAAUUGUUGGUCACAGAGCUACCAACAACGUUGGUUGGUAGCGUAUAAUAUCGCGCAAAAAAUAUUUAGUAUUUGCGCAAAAAAGGACAACCUAAUUGAUUUCAGUCCUAAUCCAGUUUAUUCACGUUGAACUUAUUCGUGUUGAUAAUUCGUUUAAUUUUUUGGUAUUCGUGAUACGGCUCCAUUCCUAUUGCAGGUGUUUAUCACCUUAGUCACUGUACAUUGAAAGUUAUAAGAGUGGAGUAAUUUGUUCAUAUGUUCUCAAUAGCAUUAUUGAUGCACAGGAUCGUUCUUGUGUUCUCUUAUAUGUUGGAUCCAGUGAGAGUAAUAAGUUUUUAAUUGAUACUUGCUUCUUUUAGUUGCUCAUAACACAUGAUAAAGGACUGUUUCAUACGCUGCAGCAAGUUUGUUAAAAUUGCAGUCUUUUUGUGAUUGUGAUGAACAUCAAUGUAAUUAUUUGAUUGAACGUGUAAUUAUCUCGAGGCAAUCAAGACACGGCGUAAUUCAUAAACACCGAAACAGUAUCAAAUUUGUUAAAUCGUACGUUGGAAUAUGAGUACGUUCUUGUGGUGAAGUAAUCUCACAGUUAUACAUUAUUAUCGUGUUACGUCGAUAUUGAAUCAGCGGAAUCAGAGUAGCUAGAGCUUAUUAUUUAUAGGAUAAGGUUUAACGUGAUUCGAUAGAACAUUCCAAGAUUGAAAAAAACAAAUACUCGUAAAGUUAUUUCUACACGAAAUUAUUCGGAGGAACCAUAAUUUAGUAGAAUAUAAUUGUAAAACUUUAUUCAACCUUUUCAAUGGUGCACCAGUAGUAUUACCGAAUUUUCUACUGAACUUUGUAAUCAUGGAAAUUCAAUAAGUGAAGAGUAUUCUUAUCAAAUAAUAAAAACGCGUGUAAAAUUGCUUGAUUUCAAUUUCUGAUCGUGGGUGGGAAAAUAAUUAAUUGAACACGAAUUGCAAGAGUAUUUUAUCCUACAAACGUUGGGUAAAUCGAAGAUUUCAAGAUGUCUGGCCAGUAUCCCGGACACAGUCGACCCCCGGUAGGCACGCCCCCCCCUCAAACUGUAUGGAAUCACUUGACCAUGGCACAAGGACAAGGACUGAGUAUGCAUCCUACGGCAUUACCAGGUGCAGCUUUGAAUGCUCCUGGAUUUUACACACAUCCAUCCAUGGCCAGAGCAUCUCAUUUGGCAUCUCAACUGACUCCACAACUAGCGCACACGCAAGCGCCGCCGACUUGGCAUACACCAACAGUCCCUCCGAAGCCUGUAACACCAUCGAGUGUACCUGGCAAUCCUCUGUUUAGCUUACAAAUGUUGGUUGACAAUCGACAAAACCAAAGCCAAUACAGGAAUUCCCCCGGCACUCAGAGCACCUUGGACCUUUCUGCAACUUCGGAUAUAGCAGAAAAUUAUUCGAGGAUACCACAAGAUAUUCCAAUCAGCUUAACAGCUAGAAGCGUUGACAAAAGCAGUAGAAAUGGGAAUAUUAUAUCACCCUUAAAUGGUGAAACUUCGUCUGACAGUGGUAUCAGUUCUUCAGUUCCAACGCCAAAUUCUAUCAGUGAACCGGUGUCAUUGUCUACAAAAGAAAUAAUGACACCCAAAAUAACUGUGAAAAACUUUGAAAGCAACUUGAAAGGCGUCGCGAAUCUCCAUGACAAAGUCAAAGAACAUACCAUGGAUUCUUUUGUUCAAAAAGUCAUCAACUUGCCACCUAGUGUUACCAUUGAAAGAGUUUCAACAGAAAAAAAAGAUCUUGAAGUAUUAAAAUCCAAAGAUUCCUUAAGUGUCAUUGCACAAGGACCUCGAAGUAUAUUACCAGUUAUUGUUAAUUUAACAUCCAAAACAACUGACAGGGAUGUUACAGAUAGUCCAAAGAGAGAAGGAAAUGACAUCGACAGAAAAAUUGAAGAAUACAGUGCUCGAUCCCCCAAGAAUCCUCCAAAACGUGGUAAAAAAGGGGUGGAUUCUCUGUUGGAAAAGUUGGAAGGAGGGAAUAAAAAACUUGGGUGCAUAGAGAAUAUUGGCUCAGUCAUCGUAACUUCAAUUGAAGAAAAAGAUGCAUGCAGCAUUCAAAGUAUGUCUCCUGAACGUCAAAAGUCUAAAUCACCGAGCAGAGAGGAUGAAGUUAUUUCGCCGUCUUUUAGUAACGAUGAUUCUAACGACAAUGCCAAACAACGUAGGAAAAGAAAAUUAGAAAAACCUGUCAGACUAAGUAAGGAUUCAAAAAAUGAGGUUGAAGAUAUGGAACUGGAACCAACCGAAUCUUCUGUGGCAAGAAUAUGUGAACCAAUACAAGAAAAAGUGAAUUCAACACCUAUCCUGAAGCAAGAAGAUAGGAUAGAAGAAAAUCAACCUAUCAGAAGGCGGAGAAGCAGCGAAGGACCUGCCUCCAAUGUACCCCCAAAUAAUCAGAGAGCAAGGAGAAAAUCUAGUGACGAUGCAACAGAGUUUUCUAAGGUGACAAGUCCUAAAGGUAUCCCUACCGCCAACCCAUUCAACGAGGUUGAAUCUGAAUUGGAAAAAAUGUUUGCUGGUAUCGUUGAAACUGACGUAGACACAAAAAAAGAGUUGCCCAGAAUUGAACUGGCAAAUACAGCAAAAGAAAGUGUUUCAAAUGUUGAUAAUGUGAACAGCGAAAUGGCAAUUCAAGAUACGAAAGCAACGGAUGUAACAUCUACUGUUGAUAACAAACCAUCAACACGUAAGAUAAAAAAAGGUAAAAGUCGAGGAGGCAAAAGGAAAAUACCUGGAUCUACGGACGCGAUUUUCGGCGGUGUCAUUAGUGAUUUGCCACAGAAGGACACCAGGAAAAAGCGAGCGUCCAAAAACACAAAAAAACAAGAGGUGGUUAAAAAAACUAAAAGAACCACAAAAGUUGAUGGGCUCAGAGAAAUGGCCUACGAUUCUGGCUCUAAUGCCAGUUCUAUCAGAUCUAGAGGACCGGUGGUACAUGUGGAAGGGCCUCGAGAUAGUCCAUUAAGUGUUCAAGUAGUUAAUGCUCCACGAGAAGAAGAAGAGGAGAAAAGUAAAGAAAAACGGAAAAGUGUAGGGAAUGGUAACGCUGGACGCAGCAAGAGGCUUAGUCAUCAAAAUGAUCUUGAUUAUCGUGGUAAAGUCAGCAGAGCUGGUCUAUUCAGUUCUACCUUAUCCUCUCGGUACGAUGCACACACCACAGAUUCUACAUGGGUUUGCGUGUUUUGCAAGCAGGGACCACAUUCUGUGAUUCCUGGUGACCCGGCAAGGCCACACCCAAAUCUAUCAGGUCCUCACAUAGCUCCUGGAACAUACAUGGUUCCCGCUGGUGUCCUGAGUGAUUUGUUCGGACCAUAUUUGAUAGGCAAAGAACGAUUAGAAGAAGGAGUAAUGUCUGCGGAUGAACAAGAAAUAACGACGGAGCAAAAGAAAGGUGGAAAAAAUAAAAGAAGUCUGAGACAUGCAGGUUUGGCAGAUCAAUUUGCAGCAAAAAUGGGAAAAAAAAAGAGAAACUCAGUCGAGGGAGGAACUAAUACCAUAUUGACGGGAAUGACGCAGUUGCCAGGAGAAGAGCAACGGUGGGAAGUAUGGCUCCACGAACAGUGUGCUGUAUGGGCUGCAGGUGUUUACAUGGCAGGUGGUCGUGUGACAGGGCUUCAAGAAGCAGUUUGGGAUGCUGCAAAGUCAGUUUGCAGUUCAUGUGGUUUCACAGGGGCCAACAUUGGGUGUGUAAAGCGUGGCUGUCGAAGCGUCACACAUUAUCCUUGUGCUCUUACCAAGGGCUGGCUGCUUGACACAAAUCAGUACAUACCCAAAUGUAAUCUUCAUCGAGUUACGUGAAACUUUGGUGAGUCAGUAAAUAGGGAAAAAUUUUACAAAAUCCAUCGAAAUGAAGUCAGGAUACGCAGUACGUUUGUAAACGUGGACUUCCUAGGUAUGUGACAAGUGGAAGAUGUCAGAUGUUACAAAUGGACUAUCGGCAGCAGUUGAUCACCUAUGCAAUGGACAACUGUAAUUACCUCCACGGAACAGUGAAAUCUGCCUUUUUCCUUUGAUCAUCAGUUUAGCUACACUUAGCAAUUACUGCCAAUUAUUGAAUGUGUUUAACUGCUGUAAUGCGCUGGUAGCUUGCUAGAGCAAUACGAUCGCUGAUUUCAUUCCUACCAUAUUAAUUGAUGCUUGCCAUUACUAAUCAUUGUAAGCAUAAAUCAAUCAUGAAGCUGUGGAAGAGCUCGCAUAUAGACUGCAAAGCAAUUCUAGUAAAGUCAAAUUGUCGAAAAUAACACUUGGAGAAAAUUUAAUUGAUUUCUUAAUCCUAAAUUUCAUAGAAUUAAUCUUGGCGUUUGAGUAGAAAAAGAAGAAUUUUGUCAUGAAUGAAAAGUCUGUUUAAGAUCUGAUACAGCUGUGUGAAAAUUUUGACAAUUAUUUCAUUUUUAAAAUGUAAGAGGCAAGUUAUACAAAAAUUUAUUGAAAUCGAAAGGUUUCCUUAACAACAGCCGAUUUUGAAAAGUCACGAAAAUAUUAUUUCAUAAUCGGUAACUUCUGGUUGUCGGGGUCAUUGAACGAACUGUAUAGAGGUAGCUUUUAUGCUGUUCUUCAUGGUAGUAGACAACUAUCGACAUGCAUGAUUAAUAUCUACAUUAUUGUAGUAAAUCUAUUGACAACCUUAUAACGUUAUAUAAAAACGUACCGUAAUUUUGAGACACCUUAUAAUGCUGGAAAAAGGAUAUUUCCUCACAAUGAAUUUUACAAGCACGCAAUAUAUUACACUAUUUGGUGUUGUAUGAUUAAGUUUACUCUGACCAAUGUAAGGCUGAGCAUCUAUUUGGUCUUACGAGCACUAAUGCUAUAAUGCUGUUCCAGUCUCAUAUAAUCUAGAAAUAUUGAAUUUUAGGCAAAAGCAGACUAUGUUGUCUUCAACUUAAAAAUUAUGCAAGAUUUACUUUACCAAGUAUAUAUUGCCGGUUUCAUCGACAUACUGAUCAGCUGUGGGUGAGAGGCACUUUUUCCUAUUACUCCAGAGAGUGAUAAACAGUGGAAUAGUAGUUUUGAAUGACUGGCUGUAUUUGAAUUAUGGAUACGCAUCAGCUUAUAUAUUUCACAUUUUUAUCACAAUACUUAACCCCGUGUACAGGAACAGCACUAUAGAUUAUGCCUUUUUUUAUCACGUCAAACUGUCGAUAUCAAAGUAUUUAUUUACAAUACCGAAUUUCCGUCGAAUAUAUAAAACGACGGAAUCAGAGUUCAAGUCUUGAAAUAAAUGAAUAGUUAUAUACUGGCUAUGGAAAAGAGUCCAUACUCCAUGUGAUCGUGUGCUGAGUUCGAAUUGUCCAAAUCAAUCUCAAACUCUGUUUGAGCAUCAAAAUUUAUGAAGACGUGGUUGGUGAAGGUUCACGCUAUCCACAGUGUCGACGAGCAAUUCACUCAAAUGCAACGUUUGUAAGCUACAACUGUCGAAAUUUUAUUUGACUCUGAAACGCAUUGUUCAGUAAUUAGUCGUAAUGUAUUUGAAGCUUGGCAAUGGAAACAAUCAUUUAUUCUUGAUCGUAUUACAUACAAAAAGGAAAACAGAUUUUCGCUAUGGUAGAGGUGAUAAAAGGCGUUCUAGCAUAUUAAGAAGACUUGUAAAAAAAAAUUAAGGUCGUGUAAAUAAUUUUAUUUCUUGUAGGCCAAAAUAUAAUUAGUUAGUUGUUUUUUUUUUCCUUUGACAUUAAGCGAAAUGGAAAAAAUCAUUUUCAGAUCGUAGAUUUAUAAAAUUAUCAAAGAUAUCAAUUCGUUGUACAUAGUAGGAAUAACUUGUAUAAAGUACAAUGAAAAACAAAAACUCGAAAGCAAACAAAAAGAAAAACAACAUGAAGAAGCGUGAUGUUGAUUUGUAAUUAAAUUUCGAGAAUCAUUACUGAAUGGCGAGACGAAGAGUAGAUAACAGCAUUAUUCAGUUAUCGAUCAUUGUGCAUGGUCGUAUAAUUGAGCAUCUCAUGUGAUCCGAUCCUUAGGACCCAAUAAACUGAAACUAAUUAGGCACAAUUUUCAAUCCCCUCGAUAGAAAAACUCAUUGUUAAUUGAAAAAAGAUUACCAUACUACAAAAACUCUCAAGAACAAAAAUACGCUUUUGGUUUGUUGAUGGAGGAUAUUAAGAAAACGAUCAAAUCCUGCGAUCCUUUGAAAAUCGGAAGCAAACUUUUAUUUCAGAAAAAUUGUAAUACUUGUGAUAUAACAAAUUUCCGGGGAUGAUGAUGUAUCCGAAUGUUUAUUCCUUUUUGUUCCCGUAUCACUUUUCACCGCUGUCUAUUUUUCAUCGUUUCUUUGUAAUUAAAAAAAAAAAAUCGUCCCCUUUCUUUGUACAAUAAUUAAUUGUGUAAAGUAUCAGAGUAUUUAGUGGACAUUUAGUAGCGUAUUUCGUGGUCUGAGAGAACGGGAUACGAUUGAGUUUGGUGUGUAAAAUAAAAAUAACAAAAAAUAAUAUAAAAAUAUUGAAAAAUAUUAGAACUUGGCUUGUACAUUGCUAAGUAAAAUAUAGGAGAUAUUGGAAUAUAUCUUAAUAAUAACCUGGGUAUAAUUAUCAAAACAUUUCGUUUGUUAAUUGUAUAGAGUUAACAUCGAAAUGCGGAAGCGUAAUACCUAAUUUGUAUAAAAUUUAUUAUUAUACAAUGUAUAAAAUGCCACUUCCGAGUCCUUACGACUCGAAAAAAAACAAAUGAUAAUUAUAAAACGUUUCACAAACUAGUAGAUAUUUUUACUUUUUACAUAGAUAAAUGCUAUUUUUUCCUUUUCCCCUCGGUCCUCGUUAUGUGUAUGUAAUUUCUGUGACCUGGUUUAAUAAUAACAUUGAACAGAAGAAUUUGCUUCAAUCUCUAUUUAAUUAUGUGCAAAAUAAAUCCCCACAGUUUAUAGUGGUCGAUCCAAAGUAGAUUAAGUAUAAAUCUUUGUGUAAUAUAAAUAUAAUGAAUAAUAAAAGACGGUAUGAAUCACUUGAUAA